GGCGUGGCUUGUUGGUUUUGACUAAAUCCUUGGCGUUUCAAGUCUUACGAAACCUUUACCCUAACCUUACUCUAACCAUCUAAACUACCUAUGAUUGUUAAAAUCGCCAAAAAACCCCACUGUUGCGUGAAGACGUCAGACUCGAAACACCAAGGAUUUAGUGAGUAUCAGGAUUACUUCCUGUGGGCGGGUCCAGCUCAGGUAAACAGCCAAUGAGGAUGUGUUAUGCGGGUGGAUCAGUGAAGCAGAGUCUUCCCUAAUCUUUGUGAAGACUAUAGUUACAGAAUCACAAUAACACUACACAUCUCAUCACUAAAACAAACAGGACACAGGUGAGUACACAAUACAAAUGUGUUUUCUUUGUAUUUAUAAGCAGAGAAUGGUGUUUUAUUUAAAUUCAUUCAUUCACUCAUUUAGAUUUGCACAUUUGGUCGACACUUUCAAAAAGCUUUCAGCAUACAGUGCCUUCUAGGUUCAUGUUUUUUUAUAUGUACAUAUGUUUACUGGAAAUUAAACCUAUUACUUUUUACGCAAUGCUCUACCUGUUGCGAUAAAGGAACAGUAUUCCAUUUCUGAGCCACCUUCAUAGUUUGUUUAAAGGAUAACGAAAAUAAUCAUAAGGUGUAAUAUAAAUAUCUUAACUUUUAGCAUUUAGCUGUGUUUACUAGUAUUACCUGCAUUUUAUUUAAAAAUAAUAUAUCCACAUUUUAUUCCACCUUAUAUCCUAUACAAUAAGGAUGUUUGAAGUAUUGCAGUGAAAUUUUUUAUGUAAAAACAGGGGGGGAUUUGAAAUUAAGUGGAACUCACUGAAGAUUUCCAGAGUAUUUACUGUCACACUAACGGAGAUUUCUAUUUAAGAUGCACUGAAGCUUUUUUUGCAGGAGGUUUUGACUGGAUACGUUCAUAUUAAAUCAGCUUUACAAUAUAGAUUUUUGUCGACGUAAAGUACAAAGGGCGAUCUGUGUAAUUAAAAAUAACAGUAAGUGAAAUCACAAGAGCAAGAGUGUAUUAUGGCCAUGUAACAGCCUUGUAGCCUUAAAACCCAAUGACAGCUAUGCUGAAAUACAGCCAUAACAACACGACUGAAAUCGUGGUUUGACUUUUCUUCAACACGUAAACAUCUAAGAGAAAAACUUUCCAAAAGAUAUUUUUAUUAUGUAUGACUACCUUCUACUGCUGUCUGAAACAUGCACUCGGGCUUCUCAUUUGAAAAUAUUACGUUCAAAUUAAAGUUGAAAGAAAUCAAUAACUUUCUGGUGGUAUCUUGUAGUUGGAACGUCUAUCCGUUAAGCAAACCUGUUGGAUCAUUCAAGAUACCUCUUGAGAUGUUCUGCUUUGUGUUUAGACAUAAUACUGAAGCUUCUUUUACUUUCCAUUGUUGUGUCCUUCACAAAAACAACUUAAGAGCUUAUGACGUGUAUGGCUGAAGAUGUCAAACCAUCUGUUGAAUAAGAUGCAGAGCAGAAUGUUAAGAUCAGAUCUGAGUAGCUGUUGACAACAGACAACGUCAGCAGGCCGUCUGGUGCACUAGAUCAAGUUCUUUAGGUCAUAAUACUCAUGUUGCACACAAUCCAUAUUAACGUGACCCAUCGUGGAACUAUUUCUCAUUUGUAUUAAAAAGGUGCUGAUGGAUGUUUACAUGAGAGCACGUGUCACAACACAUCAGGUGUUGAGUCGGUCACACGGUCGCAGUAAUCUUAAUCUCUAAUCCUCUAUAGUCUCUUUACUACUGUGUAACAAGUAAACAAAUAUAGAGAGGAAGUUUCGUACUGAGGACAUGUACGUGAUUUCUGAGUAAUAACUGAAGAAAACACCCCAGCAAACAAUGACCUGGCGGUCCGCCGGGGGUUUUUGGGCGGCACAGGUUCAGCGGCUUGACCCAGUCGGACCACACCGUCGACAAGUCAAUCAAUGUAAAAAUGCUUUCGGUCUGCCAUCUUUUUUUGGGUGGCACGCGUCGUCAGCGGCUGGGCACAGCAGUGGCAAACUGAUAGUUUCUUCUGAGCUCUUAUAGGACAUUUUUAUAAAUAUUUAUUUAUUUAUUUUUACAUUCAAAGAAAUGUUAAGGAUGGAAUAUACUGGCUAAAUAGUUAUUUAAUAUAAUAGUAGGCUAAUAACGCUGAUGCGGUAAGAUUUAGUGCGAUUGUGAUGUCAUCACCAAGAUCACACUAUUUCAUUUUAAAGGUAUAGUAACCUAAAAAUGGUUUAUUCUUUCUCAUGUCGUUCAAAACCUGUAUAUGAUUCUUCUGUGAAACAAAAAAAAGAAUACAAAAAAUACUUUUUUAAAUUCUCAGUGGUUUUGUCAGUACAAUGGAAGUCAAUGUCGUUUGGUUACCAGCAUUCUUCAAAAUAUCUUCUUUUGUGUUUGUAGAUGAAAGAAAGUCACACAGUUUGGAACAAUGCGAGGAUAAAUAAAUAUUGACUUUUACAGUCUUUUUAAGUCUGUAUUUCGUGUCAAAUUAUAAUUUUUAUGCUGUUUCAGGUGGGGUCAGAAUGUCCUGUCUGGAUGAGGUGCCCUUAAAGAUGCCUCUUGGUUUCCUUGAGGAGGCGAAGGAGGAGUACGUGUUCAGUCUGGAGAACUGGGUUCUGACGGAUCUCCAGAGCGGCUAUCAAACCCUCGGCCCGCGCUGCGAGCAGACGGCGACCUGUCCUCCAUACUGGAUGAUGUUCAGCAGUCCUCAGGAGAGCAGGUUGGCCAGCCGCUGGAGCAGCGACUUCUGGGAGCCCAACCCUCGUCCCCGCAGCCGCAGUUUAAACGCGGCCCACUACCGUGCCAUGAAGGACAGAGUCAAAUUCACCAUUUCAGACUCGGAAGAUGAGGAAUUCAAUGAAGAAGAUGGGACGGCCAACAGCGAGCCUAGACAGGGUGGUUCGGGCUUGCCAAGAGAAGCUUUAGGGUUGAAAGACUUGAACACUUGUGGAUCAUCGGAUUUCUUGAACCUGCCUUCACCUUUUGGCCUCUCCACACAGAGCGGGGGAACCGUCCGACAGUCUUCUCUCUGCAAGACCAGAAGAAACCUCCAGAGGAGCCAAAGAACCGCUGGGCAUCCGAGAGUGUCAUUCGCGUCUUCAAAUGACCACGCGCAGUCUGAAUGCAUUUCUACACUCGGGCGCAAUAAACAAACCACGAAGGCCCGGGGUUCGUCUCCUCCCCCUGCGGUGGCCCCAUCACGGCCACUCCAUUCCCACACCGCGUCCCUGGACUCUUCAGUCGAGCUGCUCUCCGCUCUCAGCCCGGAAGAGAGGGAACUGCUGGCGGCCGUGACCGAGCGGGGUUACCCUCUCCGUACAGCUAUCAUCGCCCUGCAGAAGAAGGGCCGGCAGAGCCCUGAGCAGAUCUUGAGAUAUCUGGUGGCGUGUGAUAGGCUUUGUGAACUUGGCUACGAUGAAGCUCAAGUUGAAGAAGCGCUGGAGAUGUUUCAGAACUGUGAGACCAAGGCCGAGGAGUUCCUUCACCUUCUCGUGCAGUUUAACGAAAUGGGCUUCCAGCAGAAUGCCAUUAAAGAGGUUCUGCUGGUGCAUGAGAACCACAGAGAGCGAGCCCUGGAGGAGCUCAUGACCCGCGUGGCCUGACCAAUGGAUGCUGACAUGAGUCAGCUGCUGUCAUGCUCUUUAUGCUAUUCAUAGCGCUCACGGCUUGUUUAUUAGAUGCUAAAAUACAUGUAUGUAUAUUUGUUAAUCUAGAUUUGUGUCGAGUGAGAAUCAUGGCCUUGGAGAGAAGCAAAGUUAUGAUGUUUGCUUAUAGAAGGAAAACUUUGCAUUUGCUAAGGACUUUUUUAUUUUACAUACAUUAGAAUUGUUUUUCAUGUAAACACAUCUAGGCAACAAUACUAUAAAAUAAAAUGAGAAGCACAAUUAGUACACAUCAAAUGUUUUAAGUUACCUACACUGUAAAAAAAAACUAUAGGCUUUACUUAUUGUUUUGUGUAAAUUUAAAUUUAAAGUUUUUGCACAGUUUUUUUAAGGAAAAUUGUGUGCAAAUUUUGCGCAAAUUUACACCAAAAAAUUGUACAGUGUGAAAAAAACAAAUAGUAGGAUUUAGUCAUUUUUUGUGUCAUUUUCUAAAAGUUUUUGCACACAUUUAAACAAGUAAAAUUUACUUUAAAAUACUGUGUGAAAAAAAACUUGACAAAAGCAUUUUAAGUAAAACAAGCACAAAUAAAUAAGUCCAUUCUACUAGUUGUUUUUUACAAUGUAUAUGUACAGAAAACGCAUUAAAAAAGUAUAGUAUAGUUUGCACAUGUUUUAUUUAUAUUUCUCUGUAUCUAUAUGUGAUAUAAUGUUUAUACAUAUAUUUGUUAAAUGUGUAAAGUAUGUGAUGUAUUAAAAUGGUUUGCCUAUAUGUGUGUCUAUAUGUCCUCAACACAUUAUCAUGAAGAAUUAAUAGCAUUUUUGACAAAUACAAAAAAGCUAAUCACAUGAGUGAAUAAGACAGACAUGCCAAAAUCUAUAUGUUCUCUUAUUAGACUGCCAA